AUGAUGCUCUUUUCACUUCCGAUGGCGAGGCGGGAUGAGCUCGGACCACUGCUGGGGGUUAUCAAACUGGCACUGCUCUCCUUCUCCUGUAUCUUCGACGUCCCACCCGCCUGGGACUGUCUGACAUUCCCCGACGUCCGCCCGCAUUCCAUACUGCGGUCCGUGAUCGCCAGCGUGACACAACACAGCAAUACUGGCUCAACAUUCACUCCGCCAACCGUCGAGAACAUCCUCGACAUCUACGCGGCCAUUUCCCAGUUGCAGGCCAUAGCAGACCACCCGACCCUGGAGGACGCCACCGCAGCAGAGAUCAACCAGAUGCGCCAUCUUCUAAAGACCCUUGAUCCUCUCCCCGCCCAAAAGGCACCACAGCCCACCACCGCACCAUCUCCCACCCGCACUGAGGACAAGCUCAACGUGUGUUGCAGCCUUGCCACAUCAAUCCUCUCGCGACUCCUGCGUGCGGAUGCCCCGAUGAAUGAGGACACUACCCUCCAGGCGGAGCUCACCCAACUCACCCAACGAAUCACCGAGAUCGACGCGGCGUUCUGGAUCCGACGGGCGCCGGAAACGUUGACCUGGCUCAUCUUCACCGGGGCGGCCACCGCCCCUACCAGCCUGGACCGCGGGCGGUUGAUUCUGUACGGGGGGACGGUGCUCACCGCUGUUGACUCAGAGAAAUUGGUGCUCGUCAGGCAGGGAUGGGUGUAUUUUGGUCUGUUGAGGAAUAUUCGGCGGUUGCGUCGGAUUUAUGCGUAG